AUGACGAAAUCUGACACAGAAUUGGGAGAUAAAUUCGCGGAUAGUAAACUUAAAUUUAAGCCAGCUAGUUGGCCUAAAAUAAACUUUCAGAACGAGGUCAAAGAGGAUUUAAUACGUUCUUUCAAUAUUUUCGAUAAAGAUGGCCAAGGUGUGAUCAGUCUCGAUGCGGUAGAGGUAGCAUUACGAGCCCUUGGGCAUGAUCUCGACGCAAAAGAAAGCGAAGUCUUGAAAGUGAAAUUUCCAGACCGAACAGUAGUAUUUAACGAUUACAUGAAAAUUCUCUCCGAUUGGAUUCUAAAUAUUGAUGAAGACCUUGAUGUCUCGAAGGCAUUUUCACUGUUUGAUGUGGAUGGGAAGGGGUACAUAAAUUUGGACGAUCUUCGAAGGGUUCGAGAUCAACUGGGAUUCUUGCAUGAAAUCCAGGAUGAUGAGCUUAUUGAAAUGCUUAUUGGAGCUCAGGUAGAAGAUUCAGCGCAGGAGUUGAAAGAGAUCUAUGCCAGUCGCCAGAACAAGACACGAUUGCGGAAGGCACUAGAUAACGGAAUCCCUGUAGUUAUGAAUGGAGGCAAUGAGACGGCCACGUGGAGUAGUGCCCCGUCUCUAGGCGCUAUUAAUCAUCGACGCAUGUCUUCUGAUGACAACUUCAAGCCUUCAGAGCUCAGCGUUGACCUGGAGAAAUUUAGACGAGUACUCCAGCUUGAAGCUCCACCUCCUGAGCCCAUUUAA